AAGUGCAAAGAGUAAAAACUCAACUAAACCAUAUAAAAUACUAGAAGAGCCCAAUAUAUGGUCCAAUCUCAAACCCACCAUAUAGAUAACAAAUACAAACCCUAAAUUUCUAUCUAAGCUCCUCUCAUCUCCGAUUCGCAGUCUUCGCCGCCGGUUCUCUCGAGCUAACGUUAUUUACCAAUAAGAGUAGGAAAAAUGAGUCGAGCUAGUGCAGCUGGCGCCAAGGGAAAGAAGAAGGGUGCAACCUUCACCAUCGACUGUGCUAAGCCAGUUGAAGAUAAGAUCAUGGACAUUGCUUCUCUUGAGAAGUUUCUUCAAGAGAGGAUCAAGGUCGGUGGCAAAGCUGGUGCUCUCGGUGAUUCUGUUACCGUUACCAGGGAGAAAUCCAAGAUCACUGUUACUUCUGAUAGCAACUUUUCCAAGCGUUAUUUGAAGUAUUUGACAAAGAAGUACUUGAAGAAACACAAUGUAAGAGAUUGGCUAAGAGUGAUUGCUUCAAACAAAGAUAGGAAUAUCUAUGAGUUGAGGUAUUUCAACAUUGCUGAAAAUGAGGGAGAGGAAGAAGAUUAAUUGUAUGAUCAAUUUAUUUCUGAGAGCUGUCUUUUCUUUUGGCAAGUACAAGUAUUGUUUAAGACUUUGUGCAAUUUAACAGUUUUGAUUAUUUAAUCUAUGUGUUGCCCUUUAAGAAUUCAGAAUGCAGUUUUCAUUUUAUUCUAUUUUCUGCUUUUA